ACCUCUCACUUAAAGAUGAGCAACGACACAGUGAACACGAUUUUAGCAUGCGACGAAUGUGAAGAAAUGAGAAAACUUGUUGGAAUAGACUGGUACCCCGGACUUUUCUCUAAGCUGGUAUUUCUGGCAACACUGAUGAUUCUAACGUCAACUGCUAACAUUUUCUUGAUGUAUAUUGCUAGUAGAACCAGAUCACUUGUCAAUAACACGAAAGUAUUUUUCAAUAGCCUCUGCAUAGCGCAUCUUAUGGGCAGCUUUAUUGUGAUUCCGUUUUGGAUUGUGACAAGAUUAUCUCCAGAAAUGGCAAAAACUACACCAGGCUUUUGUGAAGCAUCAUCAUUCUUUUGGAUACUGAUGAUUUUAGCUUCCUUUUAUUCUCUAUCUGCGCUGUCACUCGAUAGAUUCUUUAUCAUCUCAAACCCGAUGCGGUAUCCAAUUAAAGCUACAACUAACAAAAAACUGCUUGUUGUAACAAUGCUAUGGAUCUUCUGUAUUAUGUUUGCAGCGGCCCCUAUUUUUGGAUGGGGAGAAUAUACAUUUCAGCCGGACGCAGUUCCAAUUUGCGGACUUGAUAUGAAAUAUUCUCAGUCAUUUACAAUUGUUCUUAUCGUACUUGGAUUUUGUGCUCCUCUUGUGGUUGACAUAUUUUGUUGUGGACGGAUUAUAGCCAUAGCCCGUCGUCAGUCAAGAUCAAUAGAGUCGCGGAAAGGCUCUGAUGGUUCUACAUCCAGUACAACAUCAUCCAGAAGUACUUCGUCAACAAAAAGUAUUCAACCGAUACCAAAACUAAGCAAACUGAAACAGAAAAUCAAUUCUCUUCGGCUGGUUUUUGCCGGAACUGGUAGUUUUCUGAUCUGUUGGUUACCAUAUCUCGGUGCGCAUGUCUGGAUGGCCACGAUCCGCAACUUGAGUCACAACAAAGAAUCCAUGCCGUACAUACUGGAGUUUGUUGUCAUGUGUAUAGCACUGGUCAACGGCCUUAUCAACCCUGUCGUUAUCAUGCUGUCGAAUAGAGACUAUAGAAAAGAAUUGAAAAGUUUAUUAUUCAAGCGAUUUGCAGCGACUAGUCCAGAGGAACGUAGUGAAACUGAGUCUACCCCAGCACAUCCGAAGCGGACUCAGUUUAAAAGUUUGAAUCUCACCAAUACCUUCCAGACAAUACAAGAAUUCCACUUAGAUGUCUCACCUCACACACCACAGGAAACUUCGUGCCUGAGGAAACAAGACAGUGAUGCUACACUCGACAGUCCAGCUGAUCGUAGUCCUUCAACGCCCUCUACAGAAUUUCUUGACAUUCGCAAACUUUCUGUCAUGUCCAAUUGUACGGAAUGUAUAAAACUUAUAACUAGGUCAAAGUCAAAUGGCAGUAGUAUUGACCUAGAUUCUCCACUUGAACAAUUAAAGGCAGAUGGAUUUCCCUCACAACAUGCCACUAUUACUAAAACUAGCUCCAGUGAUCAAAUAGAGACUAAGAUCGAUUUUGAGUUCAUCGCUUCUGGAAUAGUCAUAAAAUGAAGGACUGGUAGUGAAAUAUUUUGAAUGCACGCUUCAAUUUGCGUGAUAUGGCCAGUGUUCCAGUUAAAGACAGAGCACGCGAGAGGUCACACUGGUGUCAGUCGAUGUAUUGGCGGGCACUGUCAGAGCCACUAUGGUUGAAAUAUACGUGAAAGUAAGAGGAGAGGCCAAUUUACGUCGUACAAUCGUAAAACUGCUCGGAAUUUGUUUUGUCAUAUUCAGAUCGAACUUUGAAAAGCAUCGCUUUAUGGUAGCAUGAAGCAAAAGAACUGACCUAUUCGUAUACACACUGAAACCUGGAUUAUAAAACAUGUUGCAAAGUAGGUCAAGUUGACAAAAACUAUUUCGAGUUGAUAUAAAGUUGAAGGUUAGUUUAAGGACGAACUGCUGUGUUUAAGGUGGGAAAAUGAGGACAGUAUGAGGUCGGUCAAGAUUGCUGACCAAGCACAAUGGCAAUCAGUCAUAUAUUCAAAGUUGUAAGAGAAACUUUUAUCUUUGAAAAAUGUUUUAAUUAAGCAUCUUUCACCUUUAACAAUUAUUGUCAUUAAACAGAUGAAAUUGAGACAUUUCAUUAUAGUUACACAAAACUAUGUUGUACCUUAGAUCUAUUAUGAGAUAGAACGAAAUAAAAAUGUCAUGAAAUCUC